GCCGCCCACGUCCCAAUCCAAUCCACCCCGCCCGCCUCGCUGCCUGACACGUCUAUUAAAAUGCCGAGACUUGUCGCUCUUCCAUACCCGCCACUCUUAAUGGGCACCGCCGGUUGAGGGGGAGAGCGCAGCGAACUCACUGACGAGCCGGGCGAGCGGCUGGUGGGAUUCUUGCUUCCCUUCUUGUUUCUGGGACUGAGAAUGCGGGGCGCCGGUGAUUGCGGGCUGGAGUUCCGGGGCGUGAUGGGGGAGGAGGAGGAGGAGGAGGCCGCGUCGGCGUCGGCGUCGGAGAGGGCAAUGCGGCGGCGGCGGCGGUGGGGAGCGGAGGCGGACGACGGCUACUCGACGAGCUCCACGGGCGGCCGCGGCGGGAGCAGCGGCAGCGGCAGCGGCUCCUUCGGCUGCGACUCGCCUUUGGCCGGAUUCGUGCGCGCGGAUGGCGACAUGGAAGGCACAGAUCUGGAGACAGACGGGCUGGCCGCCACUUCCUCCUCCAGCGCCUCCGCAGCGUUCACGGAGCCGCACGACGACGAGGAGGCGCAGUCGCGGCAAGAACCGGCCAAGAGUCCGGCGGGCACUGCCACUGCCAUCCGAGAAUGCCAGAGCCAGCGGCGGUGCCGGACAGACGCGGUUUACCUGCACGGUAGGAAGGGGCUCAAGCAGCGGCCGGCCUCGCUCGACUUCGGCAGCGCCGGGUUCAGCAGCGGGACUCCGUUUUCUCCGGGCUUUGUGGUGGGAGGCGCGGGGUUUGUGAGCAAGGGACUUGUGUCAUCACAGAUCAGCUCAGGGGUGUUUCCGAGUCCCGGCACGCCGAGCUACCCGCGGCGGCACCGGCCAUCGGCCUUGGGGUACCAGAAGGGGUGGAGCUCGGAGAGAGUGCCCCUUCCUUCCAAAGGUAACAACACUAGGAGGUACCCAGGCAGCAGCAUGGCAUUUCCUCUCAACAACAGGAGGACACUGCCCUCAAAAUGGGAGGAUGCAGAGAGGUGGAUCUUCAGUCCCAAGUCUAACGCCGGCGAUGCGCGUGAGAAGACCGCCACAUUGCCCCAUGCUCGACGGCCGAAGGCCAAAAGUGGUCCUCUUGGGCCUCCUGGAAGACUUGGUGGACAGUAUUCAUCUGUAUCUUCAUCCGUGUCUUUGUUUGACAGUGGGAGAGUUGGGCAUUUAGCAGCAAACUCACCUUUCUUGGCGGGAGUACUCAUACCUGAACAUUAUGGUGGGGCGAAAAGUAAUGUCCGGAGGUACACGAGUGGAACAGCUGGUGACGAAUUUGGUAUUGGCAUAGUUGGCAGGUCUUCUCUAGCAGCUAUCGGGUCGCCUGCUAUCCCGUCUACGACGGUGCGCCGACGACUAGAUACUGCAAUUGAGUCAUCUGUGUCAUUGCCUAGCACUCGAGAAUCUGUACAAGGCGAAGAGGCUGAGUUUGUAGAAGAUUCAGCCCCUGUCGCUACCCCUAUAAUUUCAAGGAAGGAUACCGCGACUCAAACUAGCCCAGAUCUAAGUAGGUCUUCUUCGCCCAGCGCCAGGCCUUCAUUUGUUCGCUCGUUUUCAAUGCAACAAGCCAAGGAGGAGAGCUGUUUCUCUGAUCUUGAGAUCAGGGAUGUGCAGAUGGAUGACCGAGUGAGUCUUACUAGAUGGUCCAAGAAGCAUGUAACACAGGCCUCUAACAAGAAUUCUACAAAUAUCUUAGAGUGGAACAGAAAAACGGUGGACUCUAAAUCUUCUUCCUGGGAAUCAACUGAAACAAAGUGCACAUUAAAGGUUGAGAGAGAAGAAGCAAAACUUACUGCUUGGGAGAAUCUUCAAAAAGCGAAAGCUGAGGCUGCAAUUCAGAAGCUAGUGAUGAAACUCGAGAAGAAACGAUCAUUUUCUCUGGACAGAAUUUUGAACACCCUCAGGUCUGCUCAAAGAAAAGCACAAGGGAUGCGUGAUGCAGCAACAGCAAGCCAAGAUGAACAUGUUUGCAGAAAGGCCAAAAAGACAUCACACGUUACAAAGAAUGGCCAGAUCAGAUCUCUGAGUGGCUGUUUUACUUGCCAUGCUUUCUAGUAUCAUGCAAUCCCGCUACUGAGGAUCUGGAGGACCUAGGUUCACUCUUCAGGCCCUUCAGCAGGGAAGUCCGGGUGAAGUUCAGACAGAGACUCACUCUGUGAGUGAAGAAUCCAAACAAUCCUCAACUCACCCCCGUCGCAUUUUCAGAAGAAUAUGCCGCUUGCGGCCUGAGCAGGGACCAUGCGUGCGCUGGCUCUCACCAUAUGGCUCUGCUCAUCUGCGCAAUCUGCCAAGGGGACAAGAGAAAAUGGAGGCACCGAGGAAAAGGAGCGAUGGUGCCUCUGCGUCACCACAUGCACCGACCCGGCAGGCCAGCAGCUAGCACAAUGGUAAACAGGUGAAGGCCUCCUUUAUCGUUGGCCUUUGCUGGUCCUGUAGUUGCUUCAGGUGUAGCCCAUUUGGGUGGGAUUGGAUGUACGCCACCAUAGAACAUUAUUAGUAUUAUUAUUUUGCUGCAA